AGGUUACAAAGGCUAAAAUACCGGAAGUUCAUCCCUGUGCGACACUCUACCCGUUAAGUGUACGCUUAGAGUAAAUAUCUCUUCCUGCGACAAGGCAAAAUAUAACUACCGUAACCAUCAUGCCCUGCCGCCACAAGAGGGGACUAGGGAGACGCGUGCGUAGAACGAUUUUCCCUUGUUGCUAUGGGAGCCUACGGCAGGGUAGCUAUCGGGAAGAGGGUUCGUUAGGGACCGCUUCCCUUUUAUUCUUUGGCGGUGGCGGCAUUUUGGCAUCUGAAGCGACCCUUCUCGGUUGCACCGUCGGCGGCUUUUUUGUUGCCAUGGCGGCUGCAGUAUUGCUUUGGGCUUGCUAGAGAUGCUCAAGAGACGGCGGAGGAACGCGACGUGGGAGGCAGCGGGGCCUCCGCCUGGGAUGAUGUCGCGUCCCCAGAUCAUCCACAGCGGCCACUUCAUGGUGUCCGAGCCCCAUGCAGACCCGGAUCCAGACCCCGAUCCCGGCUCCGAGGCGGCGCUGAGCCAGGAAAGGCAAGCCGCUGCUCCGUGCGCGGCGGCGGUCCUAGUGAGAAAGGCCAGCCCAGCGGGGAAGGCCACGGCUAGGAAGGCCGAUGAUGGGGCCCAGCUGGGCUCUGGGGCUACUUACGACUUCGACACGGUGAACGAGGGCGCGUGCCUGAACUACCGCUACGGGCCUCAAAGCAGCGGAGCCCUCAACAUCGACCCCUCCCUCACCAAGCUCUUCGAGUGCAUGACGCUCGCCUACAGUGGGAAAAUUGUCUCUCCCAAAUGGAAAACCUUUAAAGGGCUGAAGUUGCUACAGCGUGACAAGAUUCGACUCAAUAAUGCUAUCUGGAGAGCCUGGUAUCUGCAGUAUGUAGAGAAGCGGCAGAACCCAGUGUGCAGUUUUGUGACCCCACUGGAGUGCAGUGAUAUAGAUGAGCACCGCAAGCCUGAGGCUGUCAUCAUGGAAGGAAAGUAUUGGAAACGCCAAAUUGGGGUUGUCAUUAGGGAAUAUCACAAAUGGAGGUCCUUCUUCCACACCUGGGCCCAAAAGAAGAUGGAUAAACCUGCCGUCUGUGGUCCUACUCAGGAAUUAGCUGAUGCUCUUCCAGGAGUAGAGCUGGGCAGUGAAAUGGCAGAGGGAAACCCCAUGGAUCUCGACCCCUUGCAUGAUCUGGAUGCACUUCUGGACACCAUCUUUUCCAGCCGCAACCCUUAUGGUGGUCCCAACCUACGUGGCCUUGCUCACCAAGGUAAUGCAGACAUGAUCCAGCCCACCCUGACCCAGCUGCACCCCAUCUUUGGAGAGGAAUUCAUGGACACCUUGGACCCCAUUCAUGGCAGCCUGGCUAACUCUCCCUCCGUCUGUCAUGGCCUCCAGUGGUUCCACCUUGCUUCCUGUGCCACUUCUAUUUCUUCCGACUCCUUCAAACUCCACUUGUCUAAUCCAACAAAUGUUUCCAGGAAAGAAUUCAUCACUUCUUGUCGUUCUCAGCCUACAGUCCAGGCUCCCACGCUGCUAACAGAUGCUAGUGCCUUGGACCAGUGCCACACAGAUGCAGCUCCUGUUGCCCCUGGAACCAAGGAACACCCACCUCCUGGAGACUCUCACACCCCCAUUCCCAUCUCGCUCGAUGUAGAGCCACCUAUACCUCUGAAUGGACAGCAGACAUUCCUGCCAUUCUUUCCCACCUCCCCACUGAGGAUCAGCCCUCCACCUGCCUCUCCGAUCUUGCACGUACAGCCUCAAACCACUUUGGUCUUCUGUGUCAUCACACACACAGAAUCAGAAAAAAACUCCCUAUCGACAUCUAGGGACCCUUUUGCUGUGCCAGUCUCUGCUCCCCCAGCCAAGGGUGGGAGGUGCAGGUAUCUGCAACGGAUUGCUCCAGCACCCUCCUCUAGUCCUCAGCCAGCACCUCCUAGUGCCUCCCUUCCCUGCCUGCUUACAGCUGGUCCUGCCCCACUGCCCCUCACUCCAGUCAUGAACUCUGCACAGGUGUGUGGCACCCCAAAGCCCCAUGCUAAUGUCAUAGUAAGCUCAGCAUCUGCAGCAAUGAAAUCUCCUUCACCUGCCUCUGCUGCUGCCUCUCCUGACACCAGUGCCAAAACCAAGGAGAGAGCUGAGGGCAAGACCCUCUGCAAGGCCCAGGAAAGAUACAAAUGCUGCACUGCCAAGGGAAGCCGCAGAUCAACUUUUACCUCUGCUGACUAUGUCCGUCGGAUGACCAUCAGUUCCGGCUUCAACACACUUGCCAGUCUGGUGUUGGCAGGAUCUGAUCAAACCAGCCCUAAGGUACACGUCCCCCAUUGUACCACAGGAGGAGAGCUCAGCAAAGCAGCGCUUCUGCAGAAGAGCGCAGCGUACGUGGAAAGACUACAGCAGGAGCGCCGACAAGCUCAGGAGACGGUAAAAAGACUGCGUGGUGAAAUUGAAGUGCUGAGCUCUGCCAUUGAUGACUUUCAGCGCCAGCUUCCACCUACUGGAGCUCCUGUGCUGCCCCCACAAUCAGAUCAGGCGUCUCAACUCUAUGAAGAGUAUGUGCGCCAGCACACCUUGCAUGACUGGCGCUUCUGGCUUUUCAGUGUGGUGAUUAAGCCACUGUUUGAUAGCUACACCAGGACAGUGAACACAGGCAACAUCAAGGAAUUCUGCCAGUCAGUUCUGAGCUGGUUGGAGCAGCACUGCACCCUGCCCAUCUUGCGUCCAGCUAUCUCUGACUCUCUCCUGAAGCUCAGCAAGAUCACAUCCAUAUUGACUUGCCCAGCCCAGUUGCCUGAACAAGCCCUGCAAGCAGUGUCUUUCCCUCCACGCUGCAAGAGCAACAGCUAGGAUGAAAAUUGGGUCAAAUACUAUGUGAAGAUCCUUACAUUGCGCCAGAUGCUACUAAGCAAGCCAACAACAGUGACCUCUUCCUCAGGAAUCCAAUUGCCAUGGAAAUAAGAAGCCUGUAUGACAGUAUUGGGGCUCAGAGUUCAAGUGCAGAUAAUUUCUGGCCAUUCACUUUGAUGCUGGACACCUCUUAACCCAUAUUCCCUUUUACUUUUUUGGCAGAACUUCAGACAGAGUAGGGGAUGCAGAAGCGUAGGGCAAGACAGAGAGCUAGAAUACAGAUUGAAUCUUGGUAAGUGAGAUGCCAGGCAUGGCUCCAGUCUUUCUCAGAACUGGGGUAAAAGAGGGGACAUAGCAGGAGAUGUGUGGCCUCCAUUUCCUCUGUUUUCCCACCAGAGGGCAGUGAAAGUGAUUCAUUAAGCCUUUUUAAUGGUUCCCAUAGAUUAUCCUUUCACUGUGUGCUUCAUGGCUCUGUUCCUCACUGAAUUUGAGUGUUUAUGGCCAAGUGUCCUUGUGACGAGUGUUACUGCUUUACAACAAUCUGGUCGUGGCUUGGAGAAAACCCAUUGUACAUUAUAUGUUGAUAGCAGAUUUUACCAAUGCAACCCAUAUCCAUGAACCCUUUUUGAGGUGCAUAUCAUCAAUUUCUCCCAUCUUUCAUUCCAGUUCAGAGCCCCUACCUGUGGGGCUAACUAGGAUUUUUGAUAUGCUUAGGAGCACUUUCUGAGGACAAUCCAAUACAUUCUGUGUAGCACUAAGUUCAUUUAGUUCAGGGAGGCUUACUCCCACAUUAGCAAGUAUAGGAUUGCAGCCUCAGUGUACUGCAUAGUCUACGCCUAAUAUUUCCUAGACCCUGUCCUCAUAUCUCUCUUACAUUUGGAGAUGACUUUGGUCUAAAGUUUGCAGUUUAUUGGUGCAGCAUGCAUCCUAUGCUGUCUUUGCCAUGUUUUGUUCUAGGCUUAUGACAUCUGAUUGUAAGGUAUGAUUGUGGUUUGCCACCAAUACUUAACCUGUUCCCUCUCCACUACUAUAAUCACGUAAAAACAGCAGCUAUCAUCCUACAAUGGGAAGACGUCGUUCUUUAUCCCCAGCUAGCGCCCAAUAAAGCUAGUGCCUACUGGGACAGAAGGUCCAUCGCAGACUGCUUCCAGUCGCUCCUUAACCAGGAAACUAUUUUGCAUCGAUUAGAUAGGAACCAGAGAAAAGGCUUUUUCCCUUUUCCACAGUUUUGAGUGGAAUCUAAACUAGCCCUAGACAUUUUGGCACCUGAUAUGGAAAAUCCAAAUGUCAUACCCUCCCUCUGAAUUAAAAUGGGGCACAAUCUGCCCAGGAAUUAUGCUACUGCAUAGAUCCUUUUCAUUUCCUGGUGGAUAGUGCCGCAUGGGUAAGCAUUGUCUGUCAUUAUACCAUCUCCAGUGGUACUCCUAUCUACCACCUGAGACAGCUAUCUUAUUGUAUUUCGUAGCAAUCCUGCCUAUGGCUAAAAUGAUCAAACGAGAUGGCUUGCUUUAAAUAGUUUACUUGCUGCAUUGAAGUUUACUUCUUAUGAAGAUGUCCCAUCUGGUGUAAAGGCUACUAGCAGAGAAAAGCCGCCCCCAUUGUGUGUGAAAGUUGUCUUUCUCUGAGGCAGAACCCUUAAGCAAUUGGAACUUGUUCUAGCUGCUUGCAUGCAAGAUAUUCUUAUGUAGCCAGAGAGAGAGACAGAGAGCACCUCUUCAGAAAGCUAUAUAAAUGAGCUUAGAGCAACAUUGGGAGCUGGCCUAGAUUCUUUUUGUUACUGUUUUAGUAUGUCUUCAUUCUGGUACAGGCCCAGAACUUUCAGCAACAAAACCAGAAAACCUAUUCUAUUAUCAUAUAGGAAUGUAAUGGUAGUGUGACACCUUUCCAUUUUAACCCAGGAAUGGGCACCCUGUUGAUGCCCUUGGAAGACUCUCUUCAGUAUACAAAAUCUACUAAAAGCCCAGGUAUCCCAGUCUGCUUAGUCUGUUUGAGCCCAGAAAAGCCAAUAGGGCCUUGACCUUUUAUGUGUGUGACGUCAGAUGGCCCUGCCUUUUUGUGUUAUCCCUUCAUUUAUGGGUGGUGAUGAUGCUUCUACGAGUCUACAUCAGCUAAGAUAACACUUUGUAUUUUUCACUCUAUUUUUCACCUUUCACUGUUUGGAAUGGGAGACUUGCUGCAGAAAGGAGCUCAGUGGCCCCAGUGGUUGCCCACCUGGAUAUAAUUACUGACAGCACUUUACUUCUUCCAGCCCUGCAGGGUUUCUUCAGUUGAAGUUUUUUAAUUAAUGAGGGCACCCAUGAAUGACUUUUUUCCUGUUUCAAAAAAAAUACUCAAUGAGCUUUUUAGGGUUUCUUGUCUUCCUAUUCAAUUUUGUACUUUCAAUCUUUCUGUGUGUUCCAAAUAUGCCACUAAAAUGCAUUUGAGUAGUCUUUAACAAUUGUUGGCACUGA